AUGGUGCUAUGCUUCAAGUGUGGACGAUCGCAGGGGGUUGCAAGCAGCCGUGACGGGGCGAAGAAACCUUACUGCGCGGAGUGCUUUGUUGAGUUCUGCACACGGCAUAUCCGUGACAAUUUAUUUAAGCACUGCGGCGUGCCGUGUGAGGUGCCGCUCGUUGUUGCGGUCUCGGGCGGCCCGGGAUCUAUGGCACUUCUCCACCAACUUGGAGUUUUGCGGAUGCAAAACCGUAUGCGCCCCAAACGUGGCCAAAUCACUUUCACCUUUAUUCCAUUGCAUCUACGCGAGGAUGAGCUUGUGGUGCCACUGCUGUCAGACGAUGCGGAGAGUCAUGUGGGAGGUCCGCAACAGGUGGAGCUGCGCCGUAUUGCAGAUGCCAUGACGGGACAAUUUGAAAAACUAGAAAAGAUGAUACGGACGCAGUGUGUGCAGUGGGAAUUCGGUAGUGUACCUCUCUUUACAACGGACGAGGUGUGUGUGGUGCGUUACAGCGAUUACUUAUCACCGAGUGAGAUGCGAGUUUUUCGUGCAGCCUUGCAUCAUCCACGUCUGCCACUGACACAGCGGGAAUUCCUGUACGGACGGCUGCGACAACGCGUAUUGACCGCUGCCACUAUUGAGUGUAUCUCCCGCUGGCACCAAGCAAGAGAUCUUUUAAAUGUUGGGUGGUACCACAUCUUGACAGGUGAGAAUGCCCUUCGCUGUUGUGUGACGACGUUUCGUGAGCUUAUGAGUGGCAACGGUGAGAAUUUUGUUCAUCACUGUGGUCACCGUGGCUUUGUCAGCCAAUGCCUUGUACUACGCCCACUGCGCAGCCUGCUGCCACGUGAGCUCGUACUGUACUGCCACACCCAAGGCAUUUGGGCGGGGUACUCCCCAUCUUUAAGCACCAAGACGAGUCUGCGAUCUAUGAAUCGCACGCUGGAGCUGUUUUUUAACAAUAUGCUCCAAACCUAUCACACCUCGGUAUUUAAUGUGUUGAACACGGUUAACAAACUCCACAUAGAGACGGCGCCAGAGCUCACUUCUGUGGAGCUGCAAAUUGGGGUGUCGCCGCAGCAGACGAAGCGUGUCAUACCUGGAAAGACAGCCCAACACCACUAUGAACAGUUGCAGAUGAAACAACUCCCGCACUAUUCGUGGUUUGGUCGAAACGAUGGGAUGCCAUCUUCUUCAGAGAACGACGACCGAAGUCAUCAUCUCUGUUUGCUUUGUGGUUGUACCAUUCCAACUGUUGGCAAACAUGUCAUCCUACUUCAAGCAGAAGGACGGCUUUUUAUGUGCAAUGCCUGCAUCACGUUUGUGCAGGGCCUUCCGGAUGACGUAAUUACUGUUGUGCCGUCAUUGAACACCACAGAGCACGCGAGCAGUGACAAGAAACUGUCAUGGCAAACAACAAAGGAGACAGACAGUGACUUACUUGGUGUCUUCUUGUCCUUGGCGAUGCGGAUGGAGUCACUGAUGCGAACUGCUGUUACCACUCCAGAGACAAGUAGGGAGGCGGACACAGUGGAGACACGGAGAGUGCGUCGCCGGCUGAGCGAGCAUGAUGUGAGGAAUUCACUCCUGGAAAAAGACGGAGAGGAUGAAGAGUUGUGCGAGUGA